AUGUAUCUCCCUCGUCAACUCAUCUCCCAUCUAUACCUCCAAUUACUCCGCUCACAUCACCCAUUGUCCCCUCCGGUGCUGAUCCUCGUCGCCCUCGAACCCGAUGCGCUCUGUGCCUGUCGAAUCCUGACCGCCCUACUGAAGCGCGACUACAUCCCCCACAAGAUCCAACCAGUGGCCGGCUAUGGCGAUCUCUCGCGCGCCGGCGAGGAGCUGGUCAAGCCCAUGCGGACGACGCAUGGCGGUAGCGGGGGUGUUGUCAUCUGUCUUGGGGUGGGUGGCUUGGUCGACCUGACGGAGAUCUUGUGCUUGAGUGGCCCGGACGAGGAAGACGAAAACAAUAAUGAGGACGAUGAGGGACGAGGGGCUCAGGAUAUGGGAGGGGUCGAGGUUUGGGUCUUCGACGCACGACGGCCCUGGAACCUCUCUAAUGUGUUCGGGGGCGAGGCUAUUGCUGAUGCUGGUGGCAUGGCGGACACGGGGACCGGCAAUGAGAGACGGAAACCGCGCGGGGUGGACAGAGGGUGCAUCACGCCCGGGUAUGCGUCGGGCAAUGGGGGUAUUGUGGUCUAUGACGACGGAGAUAUCGAGGAGGAGCUGGGUAGGGAGAGGGAGGCGUAUUGUGAAUUGAUGGCGAUGCCGGAGGUGGACGAGGAAGCAGACGAUUUCGACGAACUUGCCGCCGAUGGCUCGGAGAGCGACGGUGAAGCCGAUCAUCCUUCUAGUUCGGAUUCCAAGAAGCGGAAGUCGUGGUCGCGCCAGGACGAUGAGGAUGAAUCCGACGAGGACGACGGUCCGCCCCGUCAGCGUAGGAGGAGUGAUUCGGGCUCGUAUAUCAUCUCAUCUCCAAGUCGUCCCCGAAGGAUGGGGCACGAUUCCUCUAACUCCUCUCGCUCCGUUACGCCAACGUCCGACUCGCCGUCCCCCAUACAUCCCAAACCGCCCUCCGAGCGGACCUUAAGGCGUCGCUUGCUUCGUAUGCGACGGAAGUAUGAAGGCCUCUUGCAGAGUUACUAUAACUCCGGCACGUCGUACUCGGAGCCGAUAUCGUCCCUCGUGUAUUCACUUGCGUCCGAGCUUGGUCGAGAAGAUAAUGAUCUACUGUGGCUGGCCAUUGUAGGCGUGUCGAGCUUGGAACUGAGUGGCCGAACGAUGUCCGGCGUGGGCGUGUCCAAUGCGCUGGAGUAUGGUGGCUCGGCCGGUUGGGGCGGAGAACGAGGCGAACGAAUACGGCAGAUCAUGAGAGAUGAAGUCCACCGAUUAAACCCUCCCGAUCCCUACGAGCGCGACAUCAGAGGCGAAAUCAACGGCGUCAUCCCGACCACUGCUCGGUCACCAACCGACAAGUCAAUCCGACUCUCUCCCGAGCCUCGGUUCCUUCUCAUCCGACACUGGUCGCUCUACGACAGUAUGCUUCACAGCCCUUACCUGGCAUCAAGAUUACAUGUCUGGACGGAAAAUGGUAAGAAGCGGUUACACAAACUGCUCGCGAAAAUGGGCAUCAGUCUGAAUCAAAGUCACCAAAACUAUACUCACAUGGAUAUGGAGCUUAAGCGAGUAUUACGGCAGCGCCUGCUCAAAUACGCACCAAUGUACGGACUCGACGGGCUUGUUCCUCCCGAAGCGUCCGGUCAUGCUGCAUCUCGCGAAGGGUGGGGUUUCGUCCGCUGCUGGGGCUGGAAAGCCUGCCUUUCUGCCGCUGACGUCGGCGUUAUCAUUGGUGCUAUUCUAGAGGUUGGCCCGGAGGAUGCUCCUGGCACGUGGGAUGCGAAACGGCUAUCGAAACCUGCCCUCGAGACCACUGACGAUGUAUCUACGGAAUCUGACCUGUCCAGCCUUCUCCCCCGGUUUUGGAGUGCAUACGAUGCGCUAUCACUGACAUCAGAGUCGCCGACGCUGCUCCUUGGCUCACUUUCUCUUGCACAACAUCUCCACCGCGCCAUCCUGCGGACUGGAACAUCGUUAUUGUCCAAACAUCAGAUCCGGCACUUGCGCGCCUUCCGCAUCGCAGUUGUCAAGGACGGUCCAGAUCUCAAAUUGUUCACCAACCCCGGCGCGCUGACGAAGUUGGCUCUCUGGGUCGCGGAGGCCAUCCGCGUGCAGGAACGGGAACGAGCGGAUACCGUUAAGAUCGGCCGCAGACGGGCUGUAGGUACCCCAUUAGUUCUGGCUGGGCUUGAUGAGGAUCGAGGUCUCUAUGUUGUCGUUGGCACAGGAGGCGGGGGAGGUGUUGUCGACUUUGCUGCUCUAACCAAACGCCGCGAGGAGAGACGACGGAAAAAGGAGGCCAAGGAGAAGAAGCGGAAAGAGCGAGAGCAGCGUCGAGCCAAACGCGCUGCGGAGCGUGCAGCAAGAGAUGAUGACGAGGACGAGGACGAGGACGACGAAACUGAAGAAUCCUCCUCAGAAUCCGAAUCGGAGUCCGAGGACGAGCAGGACCUGCGUGGCAACAAGCACCUUUUGCGGAAUCGUUUUGGCAUCGCCUUCCAGGAAGUGGUCCAGGAAACCAGUGCCCGCGUCCGCAUCGAUAGUUUCGAGCACUGCGUGGUCGAGGUGCAGAAGGAGGAUCUAGGAGGCUUCCUCGAAGCUCUCAGCUUCCGCAGCGUUGUUGGCUGA